GGAAUCCAUAUUUCUUGCCCAUGCUAAAAAGUAGAAAGUAAACUAUAAUGCAAACCAGUCAUGUUCCAUUUAUUUCAUUAACCUUUUGUUAAAUAAAGCCAAACUUGAGAACCUUCUUCAAAUAUAUAUCAAACUUAUUUCCUUUUAUUCCAUUUUUUUUAUUAGCUUGCUAAUCAUACAAGUUCAGCAUCUCAAUCAACCAAGAAAUAAGGAGUGUGACUUCACAAGACUCAAAUUGAAAAUCUUGUCACCGCUUUCUUCAACUCAUUAACCAACCGACUUUGUCACAAAUUAAUUUCAUAUAGUUUCAAAAAUCAACACAUAACACAACAUUUCAAUUACCAUAUUAAUGUUUAGCUUAUAAGAGAUUUAUUUUGCAUCCACAACACAACACAACACUGCAAUUACCAUAUUUAUUAAUCAACCUGAAAGCAUGUUCAAGUCAUGGAGCAAGAAAAACAAGAUCAAAGCUGUAUUCAAAUUGGAAUUUCAAGCAACUCAGGUUCCAAAGAUGAAAAAGAAUGCAUUGAUGGUAUCUUUGGUGCCAGAUGAUGUUGGGAAACCAACAGUGAAACUAGAGAAAACUGCUGUUCAAGAUGGGACUUGUUUAUGGGAGAAUCCAAUUUUUGAAUCUGUUAAACUUGUUAGGGAUUCAAAAUCAGGAAUUCUACAUGAGAAAAUCUACCAUUUCAUUGUUGCAACUGGUUCUUCAAAAUCUGGCUACUUGGGAGAAGCCUCAAUUGAUUUUGCUGAUUUUUUAACAGAAACUGAGCCAAUUACUGUUUCUCUGCCCUUGAAAUUUGCAAAUUCGGGCGUAGUUUUACAUGUAACUAUUCAGAAUGUGGAAGGAUAUACUGCAGAAAGAAAUGGGGAAGAUAAUGGAGCUGUGGAGAUUUAUAAUGAUGGAAGCUUGAAACACCAAUUGAGCUAUGGCAGUACAGAUGAAAGCUACAAUCUUGAUGAAAAUAGCAACUUGGCCAAGAGUAGAUCCGAUGCAUCAAAUGGCAUCAGUCCUGGGGUAGCUUCAUGGGACGACCCUUAUAGCUUCAGACAGAACUCAAUGCCACCAAGAGGAACAGUUGAGGCCAAUGCAACACAAAAUCAAGUGCAUAAGAGGUCAAAUACAGGCUGGUCAAUGGGUUCAGCAUCAGAUGGAAGUUUAGGGGAUUGGACAAAUGGAACAGAAGACAAUUUUCCGAGAGAAAGAUUACAAGAGCCUUCAGGCAAUGGCAAUGCUACUGAAAAUCUCAAAAGUGAAAUUGCUUCUCUGAAGAGGCAGGCAGAACUGUCCGAACUAGAGUUGCAAGCACUUCGGAAACAGGUAGAAAAAGAAAGCAGUCGGGGACAGAAUUUAUCAAGACAAAUCAACGGUCUCAGAGACGAGAGAGAUUCAUUCAAAACAAAAUAUGAGCAACUCAAGUCCCAACAGAACUUCAAUAAUAAUAAUAACGAGACCAAGACCUCUAAAAACUUGAAGUCUGAUAUUGAUAAUACUAGGCUUCAGUUAGAUGCAAUAAAAGAAGAGCUUGUUUAUGAAAAAGAAAUGAGUGGAAAUCUUCAAUUGCAACUGCAGAAAACACAGAACUCAAAUUCUGAACUUCUUUUGGCUGUCACAGACCUUGAAGCAAUGCUAGAACAAAAGAAUAAGGAAAUAUUGGAUCUAUCUUCCAAUGUGAAAUCUCGAAAGAUUACUAAAGAGCGUGAUAAUGACACAGAAUUAAAUGAUUUGCGGCAGAAGAUCGCAGACCAGAAUAGUGAAAUAGAGAAUUGUUAUAAGCAACGCGAGGAGCUAAGCGAGCUUAUAAAAGAGCUCACAUUGGAGUAUGAUCUUCUUAAGAAUGAAAAUGUGGAUAUCUCUCUGAGAUUAAAGCAAGAUGAAGCGCAACACAUCAUGUUACAAAAUGAACACUCGGCUUCUUUAGUUACAAUACAACAACUUGAAUCCCAAGUGAGAAGACUAGAAGAAAAGAUAGAGAUGCAGGAAGAUGAAUUUUCAUCGUCUUUGGUCUCCAUCAAGGAACUUGAAAAUCAAGUUAAGUCUUUGGAGAAAGAACUGAGAAUACAGGCAGAUAAAUUUGAAGAUGAACUCCAGGCUAUGCAAAGUGAAAAAACCGAGCAGGAGGAACGGGCCACUCAAGCAGAAGAGUCCCUGAGAAAGACGAGACACAAUAAUGCUAUCGCAUCUGAGCAGCUUCAGGAGGAAUAUAAAUUGCUUUCUGUUGAAAUGUCAUGCAAAGUUGAAGAGAAUGAAAAGAUGAUAACGAAAGCAAUCGAAGAAGCUGAUGAAUUGCGGAACCACAACAAGCUUAUGGAAGAAAUGCUCCAGAAAUGCAAUCAAGAGCUCAGGCAGAUUUCAGAUCAACAUGAAUUGAAAGUGGAAGAGCUCUUGAAACAAAUAAGUACAAAAGAAAAAACAAUGGAACAGAUGUCGCAAGAGCUAGAUGCUAAAACGAAAGAACUUGAGGAAGCACAAAGGCACAGGGAUGAAAAGGAUGCUGCAUUUUCAAAGAAAAUUCAAAUGCUUGAGAUCCAGCACAAUGAAAUGAAACACAGUUUGCAGAAAGAACAAGUGGACAAAGAAAAUAUGAAGGAACAUAUAUCUCAAUUAGAAGGAGAGUUUAAGAAGAAAGAAGCAGAAUUAAAUGCUAUGGAAAAGAAGCUCAAGAAUAACAGAGGACGAGGUGCAGCCAUGACCUCAAGAGACAAUGAGGCUGCUAAGGCAAAUGCAAAGAAAUCAAAAUCAGAAAUGCAUAAGGGAAUGGAUGCUGCAAGCACUGGUAUUAGCAAGUCUGAAGGAAGUGAUGCUGAACGCCUUACAAAGGAGUUAUUGAAUGAAGUGGCAGUCCUAAAGGAAAGGAACACAAAUAUGGAAACUGAACUGAAAGAAAUGGAAGAAAGAUAUUCAGAGAUUAGUCUGAAAUUUGCAGAGGUAGAGGGAGAAAGACAACAGCUUGUUAUGGCUGUACGUAAUCUCAAGAAUGGAAAGAAGAACUAGAACUCUUUGCAGGUGUUGUGUUUCAUACCAAACAUAUACAGGGGUUACAAAGGAAUCAAGAUAUCAUGAUUACUACCAGGAUGGUGUAACCAAAUUUAACCAGUACUUUUUGCACUUCUGCUGUGACCUAUUUAUCCUGUACAUCAACUAACAUUUUUACUUAAACAUCGUCUGAAAUUUGCUGCGCUGCCUGCACGGUCCAAUUUUUCGGUCCGUACGGUACAUGGUCAAGGUAACCAGGGGUAUGAUGUUGUAGCCUCAUAUGGGCCACUUGUAGUCAAAUGUUUAUCAUCUGUUUGACAUUUUUGGUUUGCAGUGUAACAUAUAAAUGAGACCUAUGAUGCUUUGAUUGAGAAUUUGGACAGAAUAAAGAGAAAUAAAACAGACUAUGUAGUCUGGAAAUACACAAGCAAUGAAGCAACUGUCAACUUAACUUACCUCUGUAUACUAUUUUUUUUCCGGAAAGAAGCCAAUUUUAGUA